AUGCGACCACCACUCACCCUCCUGCCGCUAUACAGCCUCCUCAGCCUGACCAGCGGGCUCGCAAGCGAAGACAACCCACCUCUCAAAAAUGCCAACCACAUUUUCAACGCCAUCCAGGACUCGAUGCGCCAGUGGGGUUCAUCCCUGCAUCACAACGGUGUCUCGUUCUUCCUAGCAACAGUGCCCGAAGGCACGCAGUUCUACCACGGGACGUCCAAAUCCAGCCCUGUCAACGGAACAGAAUGGCUGGCCUUUGAGCCGGAGCAUGCAAUGGUCUUUGCCAGGCCAAGACGGGGCGGACCUCCACCUGGUGGACCGCCGCCGGGCGACGAUCGGGACGAUCCCGAGAGACCCGAAGGUCGGCAUGGCGAGCUGCGCAAGCGGGAGCAUCGCGGGCCUGACGGGAAACAGCCUGAGGCGUGGGCUGAUCGGUUUGGCGAGGAUGGGGAGGGUGGCGAUGCUGGAUAUCUGCAUACUUAUGCUGCUGCUAAGGAUUUGCGGCUUCUGUAUGUUGAUGGUAUGUCUGCUGCCAAGACUUCGAAGGGGACGCUGGAUUCUCAGGAUAUUCUGCUGUUUAAUGGGUCGGUGGGUGAGAGGCCUGGUGGUGGUCCUCCUGGGGAGAAUGAUCGUGCUCGCUUGGCUUGUGAGAUGGCUGAGACGGAGUGGGGUGGUCGCAUUGAUGGCUUGCUUCGUAUGGAGGCUGGCUUUGAGAUUAUCCUGUGUGCCUUUGAGAGGGAUCUUACUCCUUUGCGUAUCACGCAGGUUAAGCCCCGGGCUAAGAAUGAGUUUGGUCCUAAGGGAGGUCACAAGCACGGUGGCCGUGAGGGCCGCAAGCAGCAGGAGGAGGAGGGUGAUGGUGAUGAUCACGGAAAGCGACGUGGACCUGAUCGUCCUCCCCAUGGUGGUCGCGAGGGCCACAAGCAGGAGGAGGGUGAUGGCGAUGAUCAUGGGAAGCGACGUGGACCUGGCGGUCCUCCCCACGGCGGUCCUGGCCACGGACCCGAGUCGUCCAGCUGGAUGCGUGCCGUCACGGCGCGAUACCACGGGAUUGGCGGGAACAGGGUCUCAUUGAACUACGAUCACUUCGUCACGGCGUUCUCCUACGAUGUGGAACUGUUCCAGGAUGGAUCGCGUCUUCCUCGCUUGGAUAAGCUUUCCAGCUCGGAGUUGGAUACCAUCAGAAGCCAUGUCACGACACUGAUCACGACUCAUGAUGCAACUGAGAAGUCCCGAGACUGGCAGGUCAUUGCUGAUAUGGUCGUUACUCGGUACAGCAAGGACCUGUCGUACUUUGUAUCGGGUAAAAUCAGUUCUCUGGAGACCCUGCAAGCCGAGAUUGAACGGGUGAUGUCUCCAUACAUCGACUUCACUGACCGGAGCGACGUUGUCGAAGCGCAAAGAUGCGCCACGCAAUUCCUACCGCCUCAUUCGUUGGACUCGGAGGGUCUUGCGGCACAUGCCGUGUACAGUGUUGCCCAUAGUAUCUGCUCCAAGUUGCUGGAGGCCGGUAAAGGAAAGGACCUUGAGUCCGCCGUGCAGAUUCUCCGGGAUCUUGUUGAUUACCUUGACUGGGCAACUUGGAAGGAGUGCCGUGGAUGUGCGGCAGACCAACUCUGUGUUGUGCCCAUUUGGCCUAUGGGUACAGUGAAAGACUAUGAAAGUCCUAGCUGUAAAGAUGCGUCAAACCCUUAUGAUCAAGAUGGGGAGAGUUAUUGGGGAAGAAUGCGCCACUAA